AUGUCGGACAUUGAAGAAAAGAAUACCGAAGAAGUUAACUUUGAAGACGAGACUGAGCAGACGCCACAAGAAACCGCUUCUCAAGAGACGGGUCAGCAAGACGCAGAACUUGCCGAUACUAACGCCGAGGAGAAUGGCGACAAGAUUGAUGACGAUGAAGCCACGACCAUGUUAAUCGACCGUUCAUUGAUAAAACAGGAGGAAAAGCCGGAGGAAGAACCAGCAGAGAUUAGUAGUACAGGAGAUCUGACGGGUUUAAAACGCAAAAAAAAGAAAGCUGAUUUGGCUGGUUUCGAAAAGCAACUAAAGGAAGGAGAUGGAGACUCUGGCAAUGAGGAUCACGAUGUGUUUGCCCAGGAUAACAAAGAGGAAGAGGAUAAAAGUAAAGUUAAAGAAGCAUGGCUUGGAUCGGAUCGGGAUUACCUGUAUGAUGAGCUUCUUACACGAGUCUUUGACAUACUUCGAGCCAAUAACCCCGAACUUGCCGGCGAGAAGAAAAGAUACACCAUUGUACCGCCGUCUGUUCAUCGUGACGGUAAUAAAAAGACUGUGUUUGCCAACGUAUCGGACAUCUGCAAGAGAAUGCAUCGACAACCAGAGCACGUAAUCCAAUUUCUUUUUGCUGAAUUGGGAACGAGUGGAUCCAUUGAUGGAGCUCAACGUCUAGUCAUUCGAGGCAAAUUCCAGCAGAAACAGAUAGAGAAUGUAUUGCGACGUUAUAUAGUCGAAUAUGUAACAUGCAAGACGUGUAAAUCACCCGACACGAUUUUGACAAAGGAAAAUCGUAUAUUUUUCCAACAAUGUGAAAGUUGUGGGUCCACACGAUCUGUUUCAGCUAUUAAGACUGGUUUCAAGGCACAGACCGAGAAAAGAGCAGCACAAAGACGAGCUGCAGCCCAAUAG